AAAGGUUUGGAAAUCAUUUUGCAAAGACUCAAAAUUCCAGGCUCAGUUGAAUGAUGGAGUUCUCAUCUUGGGAAUAUCUAAGUUUAUUACUCUUUCGUCCUCUUCUUGCUAUCCUCUUCGUUAUCUCCUUUCUUCUCUUAGGUUGGUACUUAGCUUGGAAAUUAGUGUUGGUUCAUGUCCCUUUGGUACAAGAAAUUUUUGGUUUAAAGAAGAAACCAGUCAAGCCGAAACCGGAAAAUCGACGGCGGUUGACUCAAUUUUACAACAACAUGGAUUCACAAUCUUCUGAUUCCCAGUGCUAUGCUGGUAACUUGAAAUCCUAAAGUAAACGAAAAUUCCAAGUUCAUGAUAGUACACCAACCUACCUCAUGUCCUUAUUCCCCAUUCCCAAGAAGGUGCUAGACAAGCUGGACAAGAUUUAGAGAAAUUUUCUGUGGGAAAGGAAUAACAGCACUCACAAAUUUCAUUUGGUAAAAUGGGACAAAGUAUUGCUCCCAAAGUGCAAUGGAGGCCUAGGAGUCAAAGAUUUGGCAGUUCAUAACAAAUCCUUACUCAUGAAAUGGCUUUGGAGGUUUGGCUCAGAUGAUGGAAGUCCUUGGAAGGAGGUGAGCAUAGCUAAACAUGGUAAAAAGGGCAACUGGAGCUCUAAUACUGUACUUUUACCUUAUGGAGUUGGGCCAAUGAAGUAUAUCAGUAAGCUGGGUCUUGAGUUUUCUCAUGGAAUCCACUUCAAACCUGGUGAUGGUGUUCAUAUACUUUUGGAAGGAUAGAUGGCUCAACAAUACAGCUCUCAUGGAGGAAUACCCCAGCCUUUCAACAUUGCCAGGGACAAGGUUUCCUCAAUUGCCCUAAACAGGAUCAACAACAGUUGGGAUGUGCUUUUCGGAAGGUUUGUACAGGAUUGGGAACUUGGGAGUUUGAUGGAAAUGUUAGAAAAGGUGGCAGCUCACAACGUUGAUGAAAGUGCACUAGACAAGUAGAGAUUGGGAAACAAAGGCACAUUCAGAAUGAAAGAAUGCUAUAGGCAACUAUGUUCUCAUAAUCAAUUGCCUGAUAUAUGGCCAUGGAAGCUAGUACGGAAGACUAAACCGCCUAUGAAGAUUAAAUUUUUCAGUUGGGUUAUACUAAAGAAUGCAUGUCUUACUCUGGAUAAUCUGAAUAGAAAAUGCUACCACUUGUACAACGUAUGUUAUUUCUGCAAAAAUGCUCAGGAGACAGUUAACCACCUCUUUCUGCAUUGCCCAUUAGGUUAUGACCUUUGGAACAUGAUCCUAUGUAUUUUUAAGUUAAGUUGGGAGAUGCCACAAAGUUUGAGAGAAGUCCACGUGUCUUUGAGUUUAUGGAUAGUUGAUAAGACCAGAAAGGUCUGGAAUAUGAUUCCUGCUGCAAUUUUUUGGUGUAUUUGGAAUGAGAGGAACAAGAGUUGUUUUGAUGAUUCCUCAACUCCCAUUCAAGCUCUUAAAGCCAAAUGCUUAGUUAAUUUUUUUUGCUGGACAAUGUUGUCCCUAGUAUCUAAUACUGAACAGUUUUUAGAUUUUAUUAGUAUCUAACUUUAGAAGGAAUCAAUGUAUAGGGGCCUGCAAUUCUCUUUUAUAUUUUUGCCUAUCUGUAAUUACACCCCUGUAAUUAUGCAUCUACUUGAUGCUUUUCUAAUGAAACAUCUUACUUCAUCAAAAAAAAAAAA